GAAAUCUCAAAAAAGAUUUGGCCUGGUAGCCGCCCUGGUGCAUGCCCAGAUCUUCCUCCGCAAAGCUCACUCGCCGCGUCCCGUAGCCAUACUCGCAUGCUGUCCGGCCUGAUUAGACUGUCAGCGAGGCAUACACCCCUUCUUCGUCAGCAUAGAGCUCCUUUGAUCGUCAGAUCCUUCGCAAUGGCUCCCACGCCUCCCCCCUCGCCGCCCUCAAAGAAGGCACGGACGCAGCACCCCGCCGAGACGAAUGGUCAUGCGGAACCAACAUCAUCGGCCAAUGGCGACGCAGGAGCAGCUCAGGCUACCGCUGCUUCCUCCUCCUCCGCCCCCUCUACCUCAGCAGCAGCUCCUCCGCCGCUCUACCCCAUCCCUCGCAAGGACAAGUCCUUCUUCAAGAAGGUGAAAGCCAAGGAGAAGGCCAGAGAGUCCGCUCUGGCCAAGACGGGGGAGGAGCCAAUCUGGUUCGACAUUGUGGAGAUCCUUGGCAAGGAAGAGGUGGAACGCAUCAUGCAGGCCGAUGGAGGAAAGGGUGAAUGGGUGGAGAGGUUUCCCAGAGAUACCAUUGUCGAAGGCAGGGUGCGGAGAUUGAGCGCCCAUGGUCUAGGUCUCAUUGUAGCCCCCACAAAUGAUUGGAUCCUGGCUGUUCCACACGCUUUGCCUGGGGAGCUCGUGCGGGUCCGCGUCGAUCGGAACGAGCGCCUCUACUCACACUGCGACCUCGUAGAAGUGUUGGAGAAGAGCGAAGAGAGGAGAGACGACCUGGUUGGCUGCAAAUACUUCGGAGAUUGCCCUGGAUGCCAAUAUCAGAUGCUACCCUACGAGGCUCAGCUGAAGAUCAAGCAAGAUGUCGUGCGGAACGCCUUCGCUCACUUCUCCAAGCUGCCCUCCUCCUCGAUCCCCCCGACAUUACCGACUCUGCCGUCUCCCCUCCAAUACUCGUACAGAACCAAGCUGACUCCCCACUUCGAGCUGCCCCUCUCCCUCGCCAAUUUCAGGCGGCAGCACGAGCCAGCUCCGAGGCGUUGGAGAGGGGCCGUUUCGAAAAAAGGCAACAAUGGUACGGCAAACAACCAGAUCGAGGGCGUUGAUCAAGAUGAGCUGGAGCAGCUGACCAAGCAAUGGGGCCUGGAGACAGACGUCGGCUUCAACAAGCUCAAAGGCGGAGGCAGGGGCAUUCUGGACAUCGAAGAUUGUCCGAUUGCCACGCCGGCAAUCCGGCAAGCGAUGCCCGUGGAAAGGGCCAAGGUCAAGGCCAACAUCAAUUCAUGGCGAGCAGGCGCUACCUUGCUUCUGCGUGACUCUUUCACAACAGAGGCAUUCGGCGCAGACCUAUCGCUCGCUGAAGCCGUAGGUGCCACCGCUGCCGCCCACCUGCAGGCUCCUACUCGCGAUGGUGGACCGAUCCCAGCGACAGUGGGAAGCUCAGAGGUCAUUACAUCCUACCGCUCCGUAGUACGUGAAAAGGUCGAGUCGACUCUAUUCGAAACUCCAUCGAACUCGUUCUUCCAGAACAAUCGAAGCGUUCUCCCGUCACUCGUCGCCUAUGUGCGAGAUGCUAUCCUCACGGCGCGAAACGACCCCUCUUCCACCUCGGAAGAAGGCGAUCAGUACCUAGUAGAUACCUACUGUGGCUCAGGUCUCUUUGCCCUUCUCCUCUCACCCCUCUUCAAGGAGACGGCCGGUGUGGAAAUUUCCGCCGAGUCUAUCGAGUACGCCAAGCGCAAUGCAGCUCUCAAUUCACUCCCCUCUGUCAAGUUCCUGGCUGGGAACGCCGAGGCCAUCUUUGCCACGAUUGCCUACCCUCCCGAGCGUACCACAGUGGUCAUCGACCCGCCUCGAAAAGGAUGCGAUGAAGAAUUCAUCCGUCAAUUGUCCGCACUAGGACCGAAGCUCGUCGUGUACGUCAGCUGUAAUGUCCAUACGCAGGCGAGGGACGUAGGUAUGAUGGUCGGACUGAAUGGAGAGGACAGGUAUGAGAUUGUCAGUGUGAGAGGAGCGGAUUUGUUCCCGCAGACACACCAUGUAGAGGGAGUCUGUGUCUUGAGGAAGAAGGAGACGAGCAAGAUGACUGUGGAGGAGGUAGCUGCAGCGACUGCUGUACAAGCCGAGCAAGCCCCAGAAGCAGCAGUUGCGUAGAGCUGUGCAUCCUGUAAUACUAUCAGCUCACUCAACGUGAGCGUCUCAGACUGAGCAUCCG